CGCUCGCACAGACCCACGCGCGGCAUCCGACAGAGAUGCCUCGAACCUGGAUUACACCUGCACCGGCUCUCGCUUCUUACAAACGUGUUAGACGCGCCGUCGGCGUUUUCAACGCGACGCACCUGCCGGGAAUCCAAAACAUUUGAUGUAUUCCUCCUACAAAUCUACUGUCAGUGACUCAGUUCACAAGAAACAAGGAAAGCAGCGAAAUGUGCGGUUGAACUGCUGCUCAUCUCAGCGCUUUCGCUUACUAUUCCUAACAGACUACAAUAAGAGCAGAUGAUUUGAAUCCGGAUGAAAUAAUGACUUAUGUGGAUUAACGCCUUCAUUGUCACUAUAGUUUUUGCUUUUUCGGGAUCCUCUGCCUUUACCAUUUGCCAUUACAGUCUGUAUAUAACAGCCAUAGUAAUAUAAUAUCGUGAAGAUGGCGACUGGAGCGGGCUGGCAGCAUUACUACAACCCCGCUGGCAGCGCUUCGACGGGGAAAUAUAACAGCACCUCCACUUCUACAUCCACUAGCACGUCCUUCCCGUCUGGGUUAACCCUCGAAUACACACAGGACCUCCAUCUGAAGAUGAGCAAGAAGAUUGCACAGCUGACCAAGGUGAUCUAUGCCCUCAACACCAAGAAUGACGAGCAUGAAGCGGCCAUCCAGACCCUGAAGGAGGCCCACGAGGAGGAGGUGCAGCAGAUCCUCUCAGAAACGCGGGAGAAGAUCAUGCAGUACAAGAGCAAGAUCAGCGACGAGAUGGACUUGAAGCGGCGCAUUCAGUCUCUGGAGGAGUCCAUGGAGCUGCACGAGCGGAUGAAGCGGCAGGCCCUGACGGAGUUCGAGACGUACCGCCAGCGGGUGGAGGACAUGCAGCUGUGCACGGAGGCGCAGCACACUCAGCGCGUGGUCACCAUGUCCCGCGAGGUGGAGGAAAUGCGCCGCUCUUUCGAGGAGAAGCUCCGCUCAUUCGGACAGUUGCAGUCCCAGUUUGAGCAGGAGAAACAGCAGGCUCUUGAGGAGCUUCGUGCCGCACAUCGGCAGGAGGUCCAAGAACUGCUUCGCUCACACCAAAGCCAGAAUGCCAACUACAGCAAAGACCAAGAGAAACUGGGACAGCUUCACAAAGCGGAGGUGGAUUCACUGACCGAAAGAGUUGAGGAACUGAAACAGGACAAGAAGCGUCUGGUGGAGGAGUACGAGGCCAAGCUAAAUAAAGCCCAGGCUUUUUAUGAACGGGAACUGGAGGCCAUGAAGCGCACACAGCAGAUGACCGCAGAGAACCUGCUGGCCUGGAAGAAGACCGAAGCCGAGCUGAGGAAGGAGUUCCAGGUGCAGGAAGCGGCGCUGCAGAAGACUCUGGGGAAGCUGCGCAGUGAACUGCAGCGAGUGCAGGAGGAGGCCAGGGAGAGCAGGGAGAAGUCCCACAAACUGCAGUCCUCCCUCAUCGCUGCAGAGAACAACAUCAAGGAACUGCAUAAACAGUUGGAGGAGGUGACUAAGGACACGGAGAUCGUGGAAAUCAGACAGAGGGAGGCCGAGUGUGAGUUGGAGGCAUCCAGAGACCGAGUGCAGCAGCAGGCCACAGAGAUCCUGCUCAAAGCCAGUCAGAUCGGGAGCCUGCAGGCCACCCAGAUGACUCAUGAGGCGGUCAUUCGGGAUCUGGAAUCAGAAAAGUCUCGUCUGAAGGACAAGGUGUUGCGUCUGGAGGAGGAACGAGGGGCGUUGCAGAAGAAAAGUCAGACGCUGGACGAGAGGCAGAGACAGCAGAUCCUCUCCUUAGAGAAGUCACUUCGAGAGGAAAAGCAGAUCUAUGAGAAGGAGCUCAUGAACUUGCGUGCCAAAUAUGAAGAGGAAACUGCUCACUUUAAGGAUGCCCACAGCCGGGCGCUGGACGAGAUCUCCAGGAAGCACCGGGCCGCUCUAGAAAACACCCAGAGCGUCUCUGAGAAAGAGAGGAACCGACUCCUGUCUGAAAUGGAGGAACAGUUUGAGAAGGAACGUAGCUCUCUAGAGGAACAGAAGAGUCUUUUACGAGAGGAACUGGACAGUCUGCGAGAGGAGCUCGCAGCCAAACUCAACAUGGCCAACAGUGAGGUGAGUCGACUCCAGGAGCUGGUGAAGCAGGGAGAGCAGGGACUCAGUUCUGCUGAGGGACACAUCUCCAAUCUGAAAGAUGCCCAGAAGAAGCUUCUAGAAGAGCUGGACGCCACGCGAGCAAGACUCCGAGAGACUAGCAACCUCCUAACAGCCCUUCAGGGAGAGAUGGAGUCUCAGAAACAACAGCACGAUGCCAAACUCAUCGCUACCAAAGAGGAUGAGAAGCUCAAGAUGGAUAAGAUGGCCCUGGAGCUCGAGCUGAAGUGGACCGAGACACUCCGGCAGGAGUGUAAGAAACUGCGUGAGGAGCUGCGUGAAGAGCAUGAGGAGAAUAAAAGGUCAGCGCUCACUCAGCUGGCACAGAAUAAAGAUCAGGAGAUGUGCUCCGCCAGAGAGAGCUGGCAGAGGAAGGUGGAGGACCUUCUAGAACAGAUUUCCUUGCUGAAACAGAGCCUGGAGAUGCAGCUUUCCCAGUCCCAGCAUUCCCUGCAGCAGCUGCAGGCACAGUUCAGUCAGGAGCGAGAGCACCUGGGACAGCAGCUGCAGGAAAUGGAGCUGGAGCAUCAGCGCAGGGAGCAGCGGCUGCAGGAAGCGCACUGCUGCGCUAUGCAGGACAUGCAGGAAGCCCGCCAGCACGACCUCAAGGAGCUUGAGGAGCGUCUACGGCAGCAGCACCACAUGGAGCUUCAGACUCUGCGAGAGGCUCACAGACAGAACAUCGAGACUCUGAAACAGCAGUCAGAACAAGAGCUGCAGACCCUCCGCUUCGAACUGGAGGAUGAGGGCAAGGCCAUGCUGGCAUCCCUGCGUUCAGAGCUGAACCAUCUUCACGCAUCAGCCAUUGAACAUAUGCGUCAAACCCAUCAACAGGAAACAGCAGCUGCCAAACAGGAACUGGAGAACGCUCUGGAAAAGAGCAGAGUAAAGGAAUGUGAGCUUCUGAGCCGCAUCUCAGAUCUGCAAGAGGAGGUCAGUCGCAGGAAGAAGCACAUUGCCGAUCUGGACCACGAGAUCCACACCCUGAACGAGAACAUCAGCACUUUGACCAAGGAGCUGGAACUCAAAGGCAAAGAGGUUUUGAAGAUCCGUAGCGAGGCCAAUCAGCAGAUCAGGCGAGUCUUGGAUUGGAGAUUGUCAAGUUUUCUUGCAUUUAGGCAGUGUAACAAAAUAUUUUUUCCUCAUUACCCCAGCUCAAAAAAAGUCCUACUAAAGUCUGCUAACAUUACCCGUACGUUAUGA